UCACCACCUUUCGUACAAACUUGAGUUGUUCGCGACCCUCCGCGCGCUAUUCCUGUCUUGUCUUGGUCAACGUGUGCAGGAGACACCAGAACCUUUGAGCACGGACUACAAAGCCCUAAAUAUGUCUGCGCAAAUCAUAUCCGGGAAGGAAGUUUCAGCGCAGGUGAGGGAGCGUCUCAAGACGGACGUGGAGCAGAUGAAGCUUCAGGACCCAAACUUCACACCCGGUCUCGUGGUUUUACAGGUUGGAGACCGGGAUGAUUCGAAUCUGUACAUCAGCAUGAAGUUGAAGGCAGCAGCAGAGAUUGGAAUAAAUGCUACACAUGUAAGACUUCCCGAGACCGCGACGGAGGAGGAGGUUCUUCACAGCAUCACAGAGGUGAAUGAGAACUCGUCCGUCCACGGCCUCAUCGUGCAGCUGCCCUUGGACUCAAUCCAUAAGAUCGACACGGAGAAGGUCACCAACGCCGUGGCGCCGGAGAAGGAUGUGGACGGGCUGACCAGCGUCAAUGCAGGGAAGCUGUCUCGCGGGGACCUGGGCGACUGCUUCAUCCCCUGCACACCAAACGGCUGCAUGGAGUUGAUCAGACAGACCGGUGUGUCUGUGGCGGGGAAGAAAGCCGUGGUGAUCGGCCGUAGUAAGAUCGUGGGCGCGCCGAUGCACGACCUGCUGCUGUGGAACAACGCCACCGUCACCACCUGCCACUCCAAGACCGUGGAUCUCCCCGGAGAGGUGAGCAAAGCGGACAUACUGGUUGUCGGCAUCGGGAAAGCGGAGAUGGUGAAAGGAGAGUGGAUCAAGAAGGGGGCCGUUGUCAUCGACUGUGGCAUCAACCACAUCCCAGAUGAGACUAAAGCGAAUGGUAAGCGGGUGGUGGGCGACGUCGACUACGCCUCAGCCAAGGACCAGGCUGGCUUCAUCACCCCUGUGCCCGGCGGGGUGGGACCCAUGACUGUGGCCAUGCUGAUGUCGAACACGGUGCUGAGUGCAAAACGUUUCCUGGAGAGCCACCAACCAGGGAAGUGGAACAUUUCUUACACCAAACUCAACCUCCAGAAGCCCGUCCCAAGCGACAUUGUGAUUUCUCGCUCCUGCGUGCCGAAGCCCAUCGACUGUCUAGCCAGAGAGGUGGGCCUUCUGUCUGACGAGGUGGAGCUCUACGGCAAAACAAAGGCCAAGGUCCAGCUGAGCAUCAUCAAACGGCUGCAGGCCCAACCAGACGGCAAAUAUGUGGUGGUCACUGGUAUUACACCCACCCCCCUGGGUGAAGGAAAAAGCACCACCACAAUCGGCCUGGUCCAGGCCCUCGGAGCCCAAAUGAAGCUCAAUGUGUUUGCUUGUGUCCGACAGCCUUCUCAGGGUCCCACCUUCGGCAUUAAAGGCGGCGCUGCGGGAGGCGGAUAUUCUCAAGUCAUUCCCAUGGAAGAGUUCAACCUCCAUCUCACCGGGGACAUUCACGCCAUCACAGCCGCCAACAACUUGGUGGCCGCUGCCGUCGAUGCUCGCAUGUUCCACGAGUCGACCCAAUCCGACAAAGCUCUGUAUAACCGCUUGGUGCCGCUCAUUGGAGGAGAGAGGAAGUUCUCCCCCGUCCAGACCAACAGACUGAAAAAACUGGGCAUAGAGAAGACUGACCCCUCCACACUGACGGAGGAAGAGAUCACCCGCUUCGCCCGCCUGGACAUGGAUCCGAGCUCCGUCACCUGGCAGAGAGUGUUGGAUACCAACGAUCGAUUCCUGAGGAAGAUCACGAUCGGCCAGUCGCCCACUGAAAAGGGCCACACGAGAGAGGCCCAGUUUGACAUCACGGUGGCCAGUGAGAUCAUGGCCGUGCUCGCCCUCACCAGCAGCCUGGAGGACAUGCGCCAGCGUCUGGCCAGGAUGGUGGUGGCCACCAGCCGCGGCGGAGUGCCCAUCACCACCGAGGACCUGGGCGUGAGCGGUGCUCUAGCUGUGCUGAUGAGAGAUGCCAUCAAGCCAAACCUGAUGCAGACCUUGGAGGGAACGCCUGUGUUUGUCCACGCCGGCCCGUUCGCCAACAUCGCCCACGGCAACUCCUCCAUCCUGGCGGAUAAAAUCGCUUUGAAGCUGGUUGGACCCGAGGGCUUUGUGGUGACGGAGGCCGGCUUUGGUGCCGACAUCGGCAUGGAGAAGUUCUUCAACAUCAAGUGCCGGUACUCAGGCCUCAGGCCCCACGUGGUGGUGCUGGUGGCCACGGUUCGAGCGCUGAAGAUGCACGGAGGAGGACAAACGGUCACAGCUGGGAUGCCGCUGCCGAAAGAAUACAUCGAGGAGAACCUUGAGCUGCUGGAGAAGGGCUGCAGCAACAUGAGGAAGCAGAUAGAGAACGCGCAGCACUUCGGCGUGCCGGUGGUCGUGGCUGUUAACGCUUUCAAGACGGACACCGAGGCGGAGCUCGACCUGGUCUGCCGCGUGGCCAAAGCCGCCGGGGCCUUCGACGCCGUGCACUGCUCCCACUGGGCCGAAGGCGGAGCCGGGGCCGUGGCCCUGGGCCAGGCCGUGAAGAGGGCCUCUGAGGCCCCCAGCCAGUUCAAGUUCCUCUACGACCUGGAGCUCCCUAUCGCUGAUAAGAUUCGAAUAAUCGCCCAGAAGAUUUACGGGGCGGAUGACAUUGAGCUUCUCCCCGAGGCUCAACACAAGGUGGAGCUCUACACCAAACAGGGGUUCAGCAAGCUGCCGAUCUGCAUGGCAAAGACUCACCUGUCGCUCUCCCAUGAGGCCGACAAGAAGGGUGUGCCCACGGGGUUCGUCCUGCCCAUCAGAGACAUCCGUGCCAGUGUGGGCUCCGGGUUUUUGUUCCCACUGGUCGGCACGAUGCCCACGAUCCCCGGUCUGCCCACCAGGCCGUGUUUCUACGACAUCGACCUGGACCCGGAGACUGAGCAGGUCAACGGUCUCUUCUGAAGCCGUUAUAGACGUACAAACGCGAGUGGCCCGUUAAUGGCUGAUUCGUGUGAAUGUCUAUUCCUUUGUUGACCCCUCCCUCCCCCAACACACACACACACACACACACACGCAGGCAUGCUGUAUUGACCCAACGACCCCCCCACUCCCACCACUGAGCCUUUAUGAAAUGUGGUGCACUAUUAACCGGGAACACCAUGAGCUUGAUUUGUUCAAUGCUUUUCACUCUGACAUCUGGAAGUUGGUUUGUUUUCCCCAUGUGAUUGUAAAAAUCAAGAAACUUGAUUAAUUUAAUGUUUUUACUAACAGACUUGGACAUGAAAGAAGGCAGUAUGCUGUUGACCGUUCUCUCCGUUACAUUGUUCACUGUACCUCAAUUACAAUAAUAAGCCACUGAAGAACCCUAAAAAGAUUCUAAUAUGGCAGAUCUGAGUUUUUGUGUUAACUUGUGUAUGUUUUUUUUGUGCACUGCAUCACUGUCUUUCUUAUACAAUCUGAGUUUUUUGUGAGAUGUCCUGUUGCAACUGUCAUGUGUUCUAAUAUUUCUAACAUUGUUGGAUAAACCAUGAACUUGUAAGUUUGGAGAUCAGAAAAGAUCAAAUAAAAGGCCUUAAUGGAAAGAUUGCAUACUAAA